UUUUUGCUCUAUGUAUGUGCUUUGAUGUAAGCCUCUUAUACUUUAGAAAGGUCGUACAAUUCUGCAUAUGUAGGUGAAAAUUAGCUAUCUUACAUCAUCACCAUGUAAUUUUGUACUAAGAGAUAUUAUAUCAUCCAUCUAAGCAAAGCAUUCAAUAGCUGAGCUGGGCAUUUUGUUUUUGAUGGGGCGUGAAUGGUUCAUUGGAAUCACUUUCUGUUCCGCCUUUCACGUGUACGAGAAUAUGGACAAAGAACACUCCCUUGGAUCCUUAUUUACUUUACACUUGAUGAGCUGCUUAAUGCCAAAAGAUUCUCACGAGAGAUGUCACGAGCUAUAAAUGGCAGUAUUAGUGAGAGUUAAGUAUUUUAACUACUACCUGGUGCAAAAAGAGUAAUUUUAAUUAGCUCUUAGUCCUGCAUAAUGGUAGAUUCCGGAAGUGUUCUUUCCCCUCAUCAUUUUAAAGUCCUUUCUUUUAUAAUUAGAGUUUAAUUCUCUUUCAUUUGCUUAAUCUGCAACACUAGUGUUCAAGUUUCGCUUCAAGUUCAAUUAUUCUGUUAUCGAAUUCCUUCCUUUUCUCUCUGCGAGUAUAAGCCUAAUGUCAAUAUAGCUUAAAGCUAUGGAAUAUAUUGUGUUCUCAAAAUGUCCGUCUUAAUUAAGCCAAAAUAGUGCGAGCACACUUUCUGAUCUUCAUUCAAUUUCAGCAUUUUCUCAUCAGCCUUCCACUCCUCCAAAAGGCUGAGCAAAUUUUGAAUAGUUUAUUUGCUGCAUACAUCACCCUGUUUCCCAACUUAUUUCUGGAAAGGUUUUUAAUGCGACCAUCCUAUAUUUAAUAGUGCUAAUCGAUGAGAAAAUUAGCCUGUAGCUUAUCUGUCCGCAUUAAUUGCUUGUAAAGCUACAAAAAAAUAGCAUGUUUUGCCCCAUAGCUUUGUGUAGAUGUCAUCUCAAAAGUCUUUCUGCUGUACUACUUGUCACAUCUCUUGAAUUUUCUUAAUUCUUUCUACUGUCUUAUUCCUUAUGUUCUGCUUAAUUGUGCAGAUUUUCUAUGUCAAUAUAACAGCAAAAGAAUUUUGUUUGCUUUCCUUUCAAAACCAUGAAUUUUAGAGUAUAAUAGGUAUCUCGUUUUAAUCCUUUUGAAACCGAGGUUAACUCCAAGAACAUCUAAUUUGCACGAAAAAAAAUGUUGGGAAAUCUAACUUUAGACACAUUACUUGUCAAAAAAGAAAGAUCUUUAGAGUUCAGACACAUUCUUGUUGCUGUUAUUUUGCCAAGUCAGCAUUCAAUUUGAACUGUUACUCUUUUUCUUUGUAGUAUCUUUUUUCUCUAAAUAUUUCAGCUUGUAUGUGAAUCGAGUGUUCUUCAUGUCUUGUCUUAGAAAUAUAAACAAGUAUUUCUUUUACUGUUUCAUGAAACAUCUCUCUUUUUUUGUUCGAAAGUAUGUGUGCUCUUUAAUAGAUUUUAUAGAUAAGCUAUGCGUCUACUCAGAAAACUUCUUGUUGUAUAUGUCAAUUUCAAUGACUAGUAUUGAAGCAUGCUAAAUAAUGAACUUCUUGGAGUAUUAGCAAUUGGUUUCAUCCAUGCUUUUGGAGUAAUGACCGUCUUAAUUGGAGGGACAUACUCUAAUCUUAAAACUAAUCUGGCCAAUAAUAUAGUUUCGCAUGCUGUAAAAAAGAAUGUAGCUUAUGUUGGUUAGUUCGCUGUUGAUUUUAAAUGGUGUUGCCAAGUGACUUUUGAAAGAACUCGUAUUGCCUGUAUCUCUCUUCUUAUGAUGAAGUACUUAAUUUCUUGUUUUUUCCAGAGAAAUCUUAAUAGGGAGGGGAAAAUUGAUCUUUUAAAACUAAGAAUAUUGAGGGUCAGAAAAUAAUACAUGCUUGUCAUUGUUUAUUUAUUCUACUAGUUAUUUCCGAGUAAACUCUAAGCAUUGGUUCAGCAUAAACUAUGGAGUAAUAAAGAAACGACUAUGGGAAUGGACUAAUUCAUAAACUAACAGCAAUAGUUAACCAUACAGACCUGAGGUGAGGCCAUGACAGUAAUAUUUCAAUGUCUUUGCAACUUUACAUAGUAUUUCCAAAUAUUAUUUGUUUCAAGCUAUCUAAAUUUGACGAAUUUCCAAUGCCAAAAUUUUGGUCUCAAACCACUUAUCUUAAUUUUGGCUGAUUCACGACAGCUUCUGUUGGUAAUUACUUCCGAUUAUUAUUUUCCCCCAUGAAACAAGUGCAUAUUACAGGAUGAAACACUGAAACAUAAUUUUAGAUUACAAACUAAGCCUUUCCAGAAAAUGUUUAUGGAAGAACUUAAAGAUAGAUCGGAUAAAGAAACUGAUCAAAUAUCAAAAAAGAACUGCACAACAAUACCUCAUUAACUAAUACAGAUACGCUUACACUUUAUUUAUCAGUACUUAUUCCUAUAAACCAUUUUGUUUCAUACAGCAGAUAUCUAUUUUGCGACAACACGAGCAGCAGUAAUACUUAACAACAUUCCAUAACCUUGAGCUUGGACCGACACCAGGAAGAAGCAUUUGGAAUCGCUUCAGCUGCGUGGAGGUGGCUGAGGAUUCUUGGGUUUCGAUUGAUCUGCAGAAGGAGUGGGGCCCAGAGUGAGCUCAAGUUCAGGGCUAUCUGGUACGACUUCCUUACAUGGACAACAUACUAUUCAGGAUUCGGAGUUGGAGUGGACAUCGGUGAACCAGCAAGCUAGGAGACUGAGAACUAGAGGCCCUAUCAUGAAGGCAGGGCUUGCUGCUGUGGUCUACAACAUUUGAAAUGAAACAAAUACCAGCAUUUUUCAAAACAAACAUCGUCCUAAGGAGACCAUUCUACAACAACAACAUACUCAGUGUAAUACCACAAGUGGGGUCUGGGGAGGGUAGUGUGUACGCAGACCUUACUCCUACCUUUUUGGUAGAGAUGUUUCCGAUAUACUCUCGGCUCAAGAAAAAGCAUAUCAAACCAGUACAGGAAAGAAGUAACGGAAUUGAAAGGAGGCCACUGUACAUGGUGUGAAACAGGACACUGCAUUCGGCUUAGAAACAACAGUAGGUUGUUUGGUUUUCUUUGUUCUAUUUAGAUACUCUGGGUUGUGGCUGUUUCUUUGUAUUAAGGUAUGCGUAGGGUUUACUUGAGAAGGGCAGGUGGUUGGCUUCUCCCUUUGCUUUGUAAUUAUUACUUGGUAAUUAAUAAAUUUGGUUUAAUUGCCAAAAAAAAAAAAACAUCCACAUAUGGAAUAAGCUUACACGAGGUACCAUGAAUGAAGACUAAAACUUAUGUUAUACGAAAAGAUAGACAAGAUAGCUAGGCCGUAUAUAGCAUGAAAUCCUACAGAUUGUCAUGGCUUGCAUGCCGCAGUUAUUGCGAUCGGUUUACCACCUCUACCGCUCAAUUUAAGGAUAUUUUAGUCUUGAAUUUUUUCAUUAAACUUAAACAAGCCAUUUAUGAACCGCGCGUUAUCAAAACCAGGGACAAUUUUUAAAUACUGGUGCGAAAAUAGCUUAUUUGUGCAAAUCACCUUCAGCUAUUAAAAGAUUUAACCACUUUAUCUGUGGAAAUAUCUUUAUAGGGUCAUAUAUCAUGUGGCUGUAGUUAUUUAUGUGCUUAAAUAUUUAAUGUUUAUAGUGUGAGAGAAAGAUAUUUGCUUAAUGCUCGAUCUCAUGGUAUUAUCAAGUGGUUCAAAAUUUAAAAUCAGAUGUAUUAAUAUUUCAAAGUCAGAAUGAUCACCUUAAAAAGGAAAUGCAAUUAAUGAAUGUGGAAACUGUAUCGUAACAUAAUAUAUGGCAGAGCAAUUUCACUCUACUUUUAGUAGCUCUUAAUAUAUAAGCAAUCAAAAGUUUCACUUCUUCUAAUAAAUUUAAUAUGUAAUUAUAUACAGCUAAAAAUAAUUAAAAUGCAAGAUAUAGAGUAUCCCAUCUGACUAGAGAUUCCUUUUUGAGAAAAAACAGUAACGCAUCACUACAUGUAUCUAGGAUUAUGCACAAAGCUUAUUUUCGCUAAUAAAUUUAUUUAUAUCCAUAUAAAAUGAAUCAUAUCAAACUCAAAGAAGAACUCAAUAAACGUGUGAGAAUAAGACACUUAAUCUCCAUAUUACCAUUUUUGUAUAAUAAGAGUGGCAUUUAAUUAAAGCAAAGAUAUGAUGGUUUGAAAUAUAUUGAUGGAAUCAGCAUUUCUAGCAAGUUGAUUUGAUCCUCUAGUAGAACUACCAUUAACUAUGAGUUGGUUGUUUGAAUUUGUAUAUUUGUAACGCCAUGCAAUCAUUAAUUUCCCAUAUUUGGAGGAUUUUGUAUUUACAACAUUUUCUAUAUAAAAGAUCUAUUCUCUUCAUUCUUUCAUCAAGUUAAUUUCAAGAACAUAAACAUUAGUAUAGAGAUCAAAUGGAUGUUUUUUCUAUGAAAAAACCAUGUUCUUCUGAGGCUUCUAGCAUAUCGGCAACCUCAGAAGAAUCUCAUGAAGUCGUUACAAACACGAAGAAGAUGAAAGAAAAAGCUAUGGAAGGCUCUCAAUUGAAGCCACAUGAAUUAUCAUCUGCUGGUGUACUUCUUGAUCUCAAAGUCCAUAAUGGUUACACCAAUAACAAAAAUAUUAAUGGUUCAAAUCUUGAACUCAAUCUUUUCAAUUCAACUUCGGCUCACGCUAGUGAGUCUUCUAAUGAGGCAACGCCUAAACAAAGGCGUUCCUCAGAAAAUAGGGUUUUCUCUUGCAGCUUCUGCAAGAGAGAAUUCUCCACUUCCCAAGCCCUAGGGGGACAUCAAAAUGCUCAUAAACAAGAGAGGGCAUUGGCUAAAAGGAGAAACGGACUUGUUGAUGUUGUUUCACCUUUUGGCCCUCCCAAUUAUCAUCCCUACUAUAAUCCCUACUCAAAUUUCAACUCACACAUGCCAUUUCAUGGUUCUUUUACUAGUCGAUCAUCGCUUGGUGUUCAAGGAGAUUCUUCCGCGAUUCUUAAGCCUAGUUCCUAUCAGACAUGGCCAUUUUUGUCAGGCUACAAUUAUCGAUAUAACCCCGAGAAGUGGUCAUCAUCAUCAUUUUUUAGGACAGAAAAUCUCCAAGGAAAUAACAAGAUAGAUUUGAUUGGAAUUGGAGGUGCUUCUUUGGAGGAUUCCCUUAAUAUUGAGAACAAAAAUAAUGCAAAGGGUUUCAAUUUAAUGGAUUUACCAGUCAAUGUUGGUGAUAAUCUUGGUGGAAAAAAAAAUAUGAAGAUGGGAUUGGGAGAGGAGAACGCAGAAAAGAAUAAUGAAGAACAAGAAGAAUCAGAGCUUGAUUUGAAUCUAAAGCUUUAAUUUAGUUUGUUGCUUUGUAUUAUUUUGUUAUUUCAUGGAGGUUUAAUUCUAUUUUGCAUUGCUUUUAUUAGAACGUGUGGUAUCCAAUAUUUUCUCUUGUACUUUGAUUUGAGUCCAUUAAGUCAUUCUCUUUACUAAGCUUCAUGUUGGAACAAAGAGGUGUCACUUUUAUAGUUUUGCGUCUGUUCUCGUAAGUAGACUUUUAUAAGCCUAGUAAAUAGUCAUUUCCAUUUGUGUUGAAGACAAAAUCUUUAAAUUCACACCCAUGACUGUUAAAAACAUACAUACAUGAUUCAAAAAGGAAAGUCAAGAUUUCAGACAGUAUAAGUGAGUGAUGACGAUUUGGAACUGAAGCAUAGUUAUUGUUGUUGUUGUGCUGAGCCAUGACGUGCACAACCUCGU